AUGGAUGGUGAUGCUGUGCAUCAUCUGCUGCUGCUCGUGAAGUAUUCAGCAGCAGCAGCAGCAAUAGAAACUGCAGCAGCAACAGCAGCAGCAACAGCAGCAGCAACAGUAGCAGCAGUAGCAGCAGAAAUAGCAGCAGAAAUAGCAGCAGCAGCAGAAAUAGCAGCAGAAAUAGCAGCAGCAGCAGCAGCAGCAGCAAGCGUGGCUUCUGGUGCUUUUGCUGCUUAG